AGGUGGGGUCGCGGGCUGGAAAAGAGAGUGAGACCCCACUAGCUUGCUUUUUAACUAAGAACGACGAACCAAGAAUAACUCGAAUCUACUCCACCUUCCUCCUUCCUCACCGCCACACAAUAUCCUCACCCCCUCUCUCUUUUUUAUUCUCAUCAUUAAUAUAUAAACCUAUCCUUCCCCCACUCUUCAUCUUUUCCUCCAAUACCUCCUCCACCCCUUUCUUUCUCUCUCUCUCUCUCUCUCGAUUAUUUCCCUUUGAUGAGUGUUGAACGGCCAAGAUGGUAAACGAAGACGAGUGGGUGCGAGCGGCGAUGGCGGACGACACCGUCGUGGUGGACCUUCUGCUACGCCUCAAGCAAGGUACCGUUUCACACAAAUCUCACCACCAGCUUAUACCUUUCUCCUGGGGUGUCAAACAGCCGCGCUCAAGAUCAAGGCUUAGCGCCGCCGUCUCUCGCUGCGACGCCGCCGUUUCAACCAGAUGCAGCCCCACCACGCCCCUCUCUUGGAGCGCUGGCACCGACAGUUACGAAGACUCCAGCCGCCACCACCACCACCACGCCGCCAUAUCUAAGGCUACUGCUACAAGUGGAUACACUGGCAACUCUGCUUCUACCAAGAGGUGCAGAAGAAAAAAGACCUUUGCAGAAUUAAAGGAAGAGGAGAGCUCCCUUCUAAAGGAAAGCAUAUAUCUGAAAAAGGAAAUAGCAACUGUAAAUGCAAAUUUUGAGGCACAGAGAGCUAAAAAUGAGAGUCUGAAGAGAAUGAAGCUUGAUGUGGGAUUAAAAUAUCAUCAGAACAAUCCAAGUUCAACAUCUGUUGAACCGCAGUGUGUGCUUGCUGGUCAACCCCAUCAGAGAAUAGUAGUAUCUUCGGAGGCCCUCAUACGUCCCAUUCAAGAUGAUACUCAUUCACAUGCAUCAGAAUCUAGGCCAAACAAGAUAGAAUCAACCACCGGGAAAAGUUUUUUCUUGAUACCAGAUCUAAAUAUGAUGCCGUCCGAGGAUGUUUCUUGCACUGACAAUCUAUGUGGAAUGAGUUGAGACGACCUUUCUCUCUUACUAUAUGUGUUGGGGAUACAAAUCUGAACAAUGUACAGGCCAAGAGAGCAUUUUGAAGGCUCUGUCCAAUAGAAAACCUAUGGAAAACGUGUUGGGUGCACUAUUAACGUUUCUUGGUGUGACUACUAAUUCUUAUGAAUGGAAAAGAAAUUGGUAGUCAUAUAUAUGGGAAAAUUUUCUUGGGUAGUUCUAGCCAUUAUGCUGUAGAGUAGAGAGAUAUGCUAAGGUUGCAGGUUCCUUCGAUUCCGAAAUUUCUUAAAAACCUUUCCGAUUUCGGAAUUCUUCAAUCAUGUCAGGUGUACCAUUCUUUUGUAGGUUAAAAGCUCUUGGAUUCCCUUAGAAGGUAUCUUAAAUCUAAAUAUUCAUCGAUUUCCAUCUGUUACUUCUUCAUUUCUUUUUAUCUACAAGCAAGUCGUGUGUCACCUCUUCGAUAUAAUGUAUAUGAUGUUUUUCUUGGUU